UCCCAAAUCAGACGCCAAACAGGUGAUAUCGACAUUCAGCCAAACCCUCCUACGAUACGCUUCUUAAGAGCCACGCGAAAGGCACGAGCGCGGCGCUUUCCACCCAAACUCCCCACAGCUUCUGCAUCCGCUCACUUUCUCGUCUAUUUAUUUGUUUUAUACGUUUUGCAGAGAUGGAAGCAGCUGUCAUCUCAACUCAGGUGUCAUUUUAUCACCCGUUUUCGGAGAACUUUACGUCUCAUCAGAAACAGGACAGAGAGCGCAGCUCUCCACGCACAGAGCCUAAAGUGCUGAAGAGACAGCGCUCCAGUAGCCCAGAGCUUCUGAGGUGCAAGAGGAGACUGACAUUCAACGGACUCGGCUAUUCAAUCCCUGAGCAGCAGCCCGUGGCUGUGGCCAGGCGCAACGAACGCGAGAGAAACAGAGUCAAGCAAGUCAACAUGGGCUUCCAGACGCUUCGCCAACACGUGCCCAACGGAGCCGCGAACAAGAAAAUGAGCAAAGUGGAGACGCUGCGGUCGGCGGUCGAGUACAUCCGUGCGCUCCAGCAGAUUUUGGACGAGCACGACGCCGUGUCUGCCGUGUUUCAGUGCGGCGUCACUUCUCCGUCUGUCUCCAAUGGGUACUCGGCGGGCCCGGAGUCUCCACAUUCAACCUACUCCUCUGACGAAGGCAGCUACGAGCCUCUCAGCUCAGAAGAACAAGAGCUGCUUGACUUCACUACAUGGUUCGACAGAUAUUAACCAGGUGUUUUAUUGGCUGAUAAACAUUGGUGCUGAAUGGACAGCACAUGGACGGUGAUGCGCACUGGUGCGCACGAAUGGACCGAUGUUAUUGAUGGAGCACUAGCCACAAAGAGGACUCUAUUUGUGCUGAUCCACGCAUAUCCAACACUUUGAAAACACCUUAAAUGCACAGGAUUUGAAGCGUGCGCGUAAAUCUACACAUGGGAUAUCUGCUGACCUGUGGUUCGCCCCAAGAAACAUCUCAUGAUUCAAAUGUGUAUUUAAAAAAUUUGCUCUGUUGAUGCAAUAAUAUUUAAAGGUGAACGAAUGAGUUAUUUUAUACUUUCAUAAUGUACACAUAACGAGGCAAGCAGUUAAAUGAGUAGUUAUAAGAGUGAGAAAAUAGUGCCAUGUACGGAGUCUGUUAGGGAAUACACUAACGUUACACUAGGCAGCCCACAGGCAACCUGUAUAUCUUAAUAUUUUGUGCUAGACAUGAGGCAAUGUCUUUUUACUGGAUGAGUAACUUUUGUAUCAAAGUGUGCACUUGUGUGUUUUCAUACAAACUUGUGUAUAUGCAA